GGCGUGGAGCGCGAUGCUGCGGCGAGCAGCGCCAUCACACCUCGCAUUUCGAUCGCUCCAGCGGCGGCGGAUAGGAUAUCUGGCGGAUCGAGUGAGCAGCGGCGAGCCGGCGGAGCUGGAGGUAUGGGCGUGGGGGCGGGGGACUCACGGGCAAGUCGGACAUGGAUCCGAGGACACGGAGAAGCUGCCGGUGCUAAUCUCCACGCUCAAGCUCGCGGCAUUCACAGGGAUGGCUCCAAUCCAGGGGAGAAUGCCGGUGGACAUGGAAGUGGCCGCGCAGGCCGAGGAGGUGAGGCUGGAUGUGCUUGAGAGGUGUGGUGUUUUUAAGAGGGCCGCCGCCGGUGGUGGUGGCGGUGGUGGUGGCGUGGAUCCAUCGCUCUUUGUGGAGAAGGCCAAGCCCCGGCUGGGAAACGUUGGAGUGACUUGCGGGCUCUUCCAUUCGGUGCUCUUCGCCGAGCAGGAUGUUUUUGUGUGGGGGAAGGGCGAUGGUGGAAGGCUGGGCAUAGACACGGAGUUUAACCAGUACAAGCCUUACGUGAAUCCCAGGAUCAAGAGGGUCCAAAUGGCGAGCGCUGGAGGAUUGCACAACAUCGCUCUCACAGAAGUUGGAAAUGUGUAUACAUGGGGGUACGGGGCUUUUGGUGCUCUAGGCCAUGGAUCAUACGAGCGAGAGCUUCUUCCCAGAUUGUUGGAGGGCCCGUGGAAAGACAGGAUAGUUCACGUUUCGGCCGGGGGAUCGCACACCGCCGCAGUCACGGAAAGUGGCGAGCUUUACACAUGGGGAAGAGACGAGGGUGAAGGAAGGCUCGGGCAUGGAAACCCGGACAUCAUGGACGAAGGUGCAUUGAGCAGGCCGACGAAGGUCCAAGCGCUAGACGUUCCCAUCGCCUUGGUUUAUUGCGGGGGAUUUUUCACAAUGGCUCUCACUAAGUCGGGACAAUUAUGGUCCUGGGGAGGGAAUGCAAACCAUGAGCUUGGCCAUGGAACGAGAGCGAAUAACUGGAAGCCCAAGGUUGUAGCCGCUCUGGAAGAUGUGACUCUAGUGCAAGUAGCUUGUGGUGGAUUCCAUGCUGCUGCUCUCACUCAGGACGGGAAAGUGAUUACAUGGGGAUAUGGUGGAAAUGGCCAACUUGGUCAUGGGACUUUGGAAAACGGGAAAGAGCCGGCUAUUGUCGAGGCUAUGGCUGAUAAAACAUGCACUUACAUUGCUUGCGGACCGGCUUGGACAGCAGCAAUCACUGAGAAUGGGGAUCUAUAUACGUGGGGAAAGAAUCGCGACUACCAGCUCGGAAUUCCUGGACUUAAGGAUGAGCAACUAGAUCCCGUUUUGGUACAAUUUCCACAGGCUCUUCAUGAGAAAACUCCGGUAGAAGUGUUGGGUGUUUCUUGUGGAGCUAAUCACGGGGUUUGUAUUGUUUCGAGACCCAAACCAGCUCAGGUAACACAGAGCUUGUAACAUUGGAAUUCGUAAACAAAGACGCGAUGGUAAGGUGAUAA